AUGGCGACCUGGACUCCCAAAGUUAUGUCACCGGACAAGCUAUCUGCUAAGGAGUUCAAACAUUUGCUCUCGGAAUACGAACCUCUCAUCGAGUCCAUUUCAUCCACCAAAGGCGCCAAGCCUGGCCAAAAGACCCUAAAAGAAUUGGAUCAUUUCCGAUUUGUCGAGGCCCCGACACAGUUCUCUGAGUAUGAGCCGAAGCGUGUGAUGGACCAUGACGACGUCAAACUCCUAGUGGAAUGGAAGCUCCGUCAUGGGACAUUCCGUCCAACGCUCAUGAAAUUUGUGUCAUCCAACGAUUCUUCGACUGUUGCGAAGACUAUCGAGGACGCCAUUGCGAGCUAUCAAAGUACAUCGGACCUUUCAGCGGCUUUGGGUAUCCUAACCAAGUUGAAGGGCAUCGGUCCCGCGACAGCUUCGCUUCUUCUCGCGGUACACUUUUCUGAGAAAGUCAUGUUCUUCUCCGACGAGGGGUACUACUGGAUGUGCAACAAUAACCAAAAGACAUCACUCAAGUACAACAUGAAGGAGUACGAGUCUCUCAACAUCCAAGUAGAAAAGCUCACGAAAAGACUCAACGUGUCUGCCCUAGACGUGGAGAAAGUAGCCUACGUCAUUUUUCACCAGGAAGGAGUUGAUCCCAAGCUGGCGCUCAAACGCAGUCUUUCAAAGGCUGCAAAGACGGCCGCUCCGCAGACAAAAGCGGCAGCACCCGAAAAAAGAAAGAAGAGCCCCGAAGAUGUAGUCGAGGACAAGAUGCCAGUCAGAAGAUCGAAACGCGGGAAGGCUGCCGUUCGGAUGGUGAACAUCGGACCCGUUCGAAACACGGCAGCUGGGAACGACAACCCGGAUGAUAUGCCUGAAGGUGUGGUAAACGUUGCAUCAUGUAACCCUUACCAUGCGGCUACUUUUCACUUGUCAGUCAACUCUCCCAUUGGUCUUCGUUGUCAGCGACUAGGAGUAUCCCCCACCGUUGAGCCGCGGCGACCCGACCUUUUCCCGGCCCCGCGUGAUCCUGACCCCGGAACCUUGUCGGCGGCGGGGCCCGAUGCCAUCGCUCUAGGAACAUGCUCCAACUCGUCCAUUUCACGAACAAAUACAACACGGAGCUUCUGCAAGUACCAUCCGGUACGUUGCAGCUAUUCACGCUGCAACAUGGAGGACGACAUGUUCCAAAAUGAAUAUGGGCAAGGCGAUGACACGUCGCCACUGCCAGACCUGGAUUUCUCAUCCAUCUCAGACGACCUACUUUCUCAGUUCCUCUCACCCUUUGAUACCCCCAGUCUGCUUUGGUCACAGUCUUUUCCCAUAGCUCUGGACAAUCACCCACGAGGCUUCAUGCGCGCCGACGAAAUUUUCACCGAGAAUGGCGGACCCAUCCCGCUGCCACCGCGAUUUGCUCAGAUCAAACGGAGCCUGGUCGCCGGCAAGGAGCACGCCAUAGUGCAAUCAUGGGAACGCUUAUUAGUAGCUCUUCGAGCCGAGAUCGCGGUCAUUGGCGUCAGGAAAUCAGACAUUAUCCCGACCAUUGACUUCUCGGAGCUCCAAAACCAUGCCCGCGUGUCCGAGUUCACCGCCAAGCUCCGGCGCCGAGGUGGUGCCAUCAUCCGCAACGUCGUACCGGCCUCCGAGGCUCAUGCUUGGCGCGAAGAGACAGAGACCUACCUGUCGGAGAACCCGCACACCAAGGGCUGGCCGACGCGCGACCCUCACUUGUUCGGCAUCUACUGGUCCCCGUCACAGAUCAAGGGCCGAGCCCAUCCCAACGUCUUGGCCGCUCAGCGAUUUCUAAUGCGGCUUUGGCGCUCUCGGGACCCCAGUGCUCCUGUGGUGGCUGACCUGCCAGUGGCAUACGCUGAUCGAUUACGAAUCCGAACCCCAGGCGACGAAGCCUGGCAUCUGAAUGCUCAUGUGGACGGCGGCAGUGUCGAGCGGUGGGAGAGUGAUGGUUACGGGAACGCUGGGACGUACCAGCGCAUAUGGGACGGCAAAUGGGAGGACUACGAUCCCUGGGAUAGCAGUACGCGGCUCAGAGUCACUUCAGACCUCUACAACGGCGCGGGCUCAUGUAGUAUGUUCCGCAUGUUCCAAGGCUGGCUUUCCAUGUCCGACAUCAACCCGGCCGACGGGACCCUCCUGCUUUGCCCCAUGCUCCAGCUCGCCACUGCCUACUUCCUCCUACGCCCCUUCUUCUCACCGCGAAACCCCUCGCCAACGUCUCCCAACUUCCUCGCACGCGAGAAUUGGGCGCUAGACUUUGCCCAGACGAGCAUCAUCCAGGGCGCCGUCCCUUCCUACACACAAGAGCUUAACUCGGCGCUCCACCCCCAUCUCCAGCUAGACAAAUCCCUCGUGCGCAUCCCGCCCGUGCGGCCGGGCGACUAUGUCGUGUGGCACCCGGACAUGGUAUACGGCGUCGACAGGGUGCCAACGUCGUCCGCGCCCGCGACCAUCAUGUACAUCCCGGCCUGUCCCCUGACGCAGACCAACGCGCUGUACCUCGCCCGCCAGCGGAAAGCGUUUCUCCUCGGCCAGCCGAGCCCGGACUUUGGGGGCGGCAAGGGGGAGACGACGCACACGGGCCGGCCUGGCACGCAGGAGGUUAGCGACGCGGGUGGGGAGGACGGGUUGAGGGCUAUGGGUUUGCUGCCUUGGGAGGAUCAGGAGAGCAGGAGUCCGACGGAGAAGGCGCUGGUUGGGAUGGCGAAUGCGAUUCUGUUUCCAGAGAGCUAUGAUAUGGUUUGA